CUUUGUAUAAUUAUUACACACUACAAUGGAUUCCAAAGAUUUUGCAAUAGAUAUAUCCAAAUCCAACAAUGAAUGGUUUCUGGUGCAAUAUGAUGAAGAGCCACACAAGCUAACGCGCAAAAUAGUUAAAUUCGACGAUCUCAUAUGGAAUGAGGAAUUACAGAACAUUGAAUAUUCAGACGCUGGAGGACGCAAAAAGGAGCAUGUUCUUAUACGGGAUCAGGGGAAAUUACAUUUGGGCUGUGUGAUUUAUAAAGCAUGUACACAGAAGGAAUGCAUCGAUCAUCACACAUUUCUACAGAUAAUUUGCAUGCAAUUGUUGUAUUCGCCUCAUGAAAAUGGCGACAUUAUGGAUCGACUACAUUUCAAUCAUAGUUUUUGGCUUUUGGUAAUGUACAGCCGCAGCUCCAGAAAAGAAGAGCAGGUAGUCUAUGCGGUGUUGAAUAAAAACGAUGUGAUUAUUAAAAUGGACCAAUCAAAUGCUCUGAUGGCAUUUGUCCAGGAGGGCGAAGCCACAUAUAAGGGACAAGUGGUGAAGAUAACAAACGAUUUAAGUGACAUGAUUUUUAUGAUGGACAUCAUAAGAAAUGAAUUGGUGAAUUCAUUUCAAGAGCAAACACUUUUGGAUCCGACAAAAAAAUUUCAAGAGUUUCAUGAAAAAAUAGCCGUACUAGACAAUCGAAUGUAUUGCGAAAGUAAGCUGCUUCUAAAGGCAUUCCAGGCAGUGGAUAAGAGUAAAAUGCGUUUGGAAAAACGAUUGGAGUAUUUGCAGCACCUUAUUGAAAUGAAUCAAUGAAAGUGUUGCGUUAUACAGAAACUUAUUCCAUCAUUGUCAUUAUACGUAGAAUAUGAGUUUGCGUAACCUGCUGACCCGCUGACAACGUGCACAAAUGCGCACCGCAUAAAAGAUCCAUGAAUGUAGUGAAUAUUUUAUUGUUAAGAAUCAGCUGUAAGUAUGUUUGUAUGUAAGUGACCUGUUUUUGUUAUUUUUUUAGGAAUAUUUUCUUUAAUGCCUAAUAAAUGCGCUAAUCCUUAA